AUGGCGUUUCUCUUCCUUCUAGACGGAUGCACAAGAAAAGGAAGGACAAAAUGCCACUUGUGCCCGGUGGACCUGACCAUAGUGCCGUGUGGCUACGGUGGGGAAGGGUAUCGGUUGCGGAAGACAUUUGGCUGGGUUGAGAAACUGUCGCAUGUGCUUCAGGCGUUCAAUACCAAUAUCGGGUUGUACAAGGCAACGCAUUCCGGCGUGACUGGCGAUUCAACUUUGUCGCAAUCAGGUAUGAUGUUUGUGAGCAUGCUCCCUUCCAAGGUGGCCAUGGUGACCGCAAAGGUGGUGCUCAAACCGACUUCAGGACUGGGAGUUGAUCUCUCGGAUUUCCUGAAGGACAUGCAAGAUGAGUUGGUCGAUGAGCUGGUCGACCGUAUUCUCGGCGAGGACGCCCUCUUUCGUGUUGUAUCGGGUGAGGAGGACAUCGGUGCCAACAUGCAAACGGAAACAAUGGCCUCGCAUGCAGCGCUGAAGACAUUCAUGGACAAAAAACAACGUGAAAGGCGAAAAACGCCAGGGAUGGUGAUGCUACGUGAAAGGAAAAAAAUGAAGCGCUUAUCCGACGGGAGCGGGGGGAUGGUGUGGGUUAGGAACAAAAACGUUCAAGGGGGACGUUCAGAGAGGCGUCCGUUGCACAAGUUCGUGAAGCAUCCAGAGAGCCAGAAGGCGAAUGAAAGGGAAUGCGUCGCAGACUCUGGCCUCACCACGGUGGGCAAAAAGAAACCGAUGACAGGCAUCGAAUUGCAACGCGUGUAG